GUCCGCCUCACUCGGCCACAAAAGUAAAAAAGAAGAAGAACUAUCCACCGUUUUGUUAUUACAAGCCGUGUUUAUGUAAACAUAGUGCAAUUUUGUGUGGUUUUCUUAAUUUUCCCCAAAAAUGGCCGGGACAAUUCUCGAAAAUUUAAGCGGAAGAAAGUUGAUCAUUUUGGUUACGAUUUUAUUGUUGUGCCAACUAAUGUGUUUCCUAGUUGGUUUGAUAUCGCCCAGUCCAGCCUCAACUUCAAGUAUUUUGACAACAGUUUGUGUGGACAGUGAUCCAAAAACCGACAAUAUAAACCGUUGGUUCACUCGUAACUGUCCCAAUAAAGUCGAAUUGUCAGACGAAAAAUCCACCACUAAUCUAAGUGCUACAAAUUUGGUAUUCGUCGCUCAAAUGCCAAUGCCUCGACGGGAUUUUUCUCGCUGGCAGCAAAAUUUAAUAGGAGUUCUCCAGAUUGAUGUUUUGUACAAAAAAGGUCAGAUGUUGGAGAAUUUAAUGAUCGAAUUAACACUUGAUGCGCGUCUGGGAUAUAGUGAUAAAACUAAUAGCGGGCAGACAUUGUGGACUUAUUACACAAGUUCGGUAGUAAAAAGGUAUAUGGACUGCACUUUCAAUAAUACCGGACCACAUAAUAAAGAUGGCUAUCCUUAUAGUUGUUCGAUGGUUCCUCUUUUUGAACUAGGAUCAUUGCAUCAUGAUUAUUAUUUGUUAAAUUUGAGGCUGCCCUAUGACCAACUAUUGAAGACAAAUGUGCAGCUUCCCAAAGUUGGGGACAUACAUCUCCACAUAAUUUAUAUGAAUGGAGGUUUUACAAGGGUUUGGCUUAGUAUAAAAACUGUGUUUUUCCCCAUUAUCGUUACUAUUAUGAUUUGGUUCUGGAAUAGAGUUCACAUCUUAUCUCGAACUCCAGCAUUAUUGGAGUAUAUGCUCAUUUCUUUAGGUGCAACAUUAGCAUUUUUGGAUAUGCCUUUAGAAUACUUAACACUGCAUUUUGACAUGCCCUAUAUGCUUUUACUUAGUGAUAUUCGUCAGGGCAUCUUCUAUGCAAUGCUGCUGUCAUUCUGGCUUGUAUUUGCAGGAGAGCAUAUGCUUAUUCAAGAUACUGGGGAGAAAAAUAGUCUGAAAACCUACUGGAAGCAUUUAAGCACUGUUGUUAUUGGAUGUAUUUCUUUGUUAAUAUUCGAUUUGUGUGAAAGAGGUGCUCAGCUUGUAAAUCCCUUUUAUUCAAUAUGGGUGACACCUAUGGGAACAAAUUUGGCUUUGACAUUCAUAAUUUUAGCUGGUUUAUCAGCCAGUAUUUAUUUCAUUUUCCUGUGUUACAUGGUAUGGUGUGUUUUUAAGAAUAUCAGCGUAAAACGAUCUAUUCUUCCAACAAUGUCUCAGGCUCGUCGGCUUCAUUAUGAGGGUAUUAUCUAUCGCUUUCAUUUUCUGAUGCUCGCCACUCUUGUGUGCGCUGCAGUUACCAUAAUCUCAUUCAUUUUGUCCCAAAUUGCGGAAAGUCAGAACAACUGGGAUGAUAACACGGACGUGGAACUGUCCUCCAUACUUCAUACGGGUGUUUAUGGUAUGUGGAAUAUUUACAUAUGUGCAAUGCUUAUUUUGUAUGCUCCUAGCCACAAGCAGUGGCCUAAUGAUCCCAUAUCCGCCGAUGGGGAAGAAGUAGAGUUUAGCCGAUUACCUACAGAUAGUUCGCCCAAUGAAAUUUCAUCACUCACCUCAUUUGCUUCGAAAGCAAGCAUAGAGUAAAAUAAUAUCAAUAAUAUCACAGUUCUGUAGUUAAGUAUGAGUUACAUAUUCGCGAGCAUAUUCAAACUAUGGAGUUUUAGUUAAUGGCACAUUUGCAUAUCAGCUCUCAAUCGGUAUAUUGUGAUAAAAAAAAACAGUAUUUGGAACAAAAGAAAUACAUACGCGCUUCUUUUUAUUAAUGUAAUUAUUUAUGUUUGCAUUUGAACAUGAAAUAAAAUCGAAUUAUUAUUUUUAUGAUAUAUGUAACACAUUUUCUUGCCUUAAUUUAUUAAUUUUGUGGUUCUAGGAAAUCAAUUUUUGUCAGAUCCUUGAACCAUUCAUUAGACUCCGCAAAGUUGAAGAUUAGUUAUUUUUAUAUAAUUUAAAUGUUGAUUGUACAAGCCUUUACACACAAUCUUUGACUAAUUCACUUGACGAUGUAAUAGUUUCUAAAUAUUCCCAGUUGUUUUCAAUGCCGGGCGUUUGUCUUCCAUAAUCAGUUUUAAUGGCCGUUUUAAUAAUUUCUCAAAAUUGUAAAACUGAAUCUCAUACCAUUUAAAGUGGUUAAAACUCCUAGAGCUCUCAGUUAGAGCAUUGCAAUAUAGUAUUAUUAGUAAGAAGUACUGAUGUAAUUAACCAAAACCAUUUCUGCGAACAAUUGUAUUGUCUGGUAGCAAUAAUUUUUAAUAAUAAUUGUUGUUUAUUCUUCUCCGUUUCUAUAGUCAGUAGGCUUUAUUAAUUGACUUUUAUGUAUUUUCGUAAAUGUGAAUCUCAACCUUGGUAAUUUUGCUGACAAUUUUUGUAUUAUUUUUUUUUUAGAAUUUUUAUAGUAGGUUUUAGAUGUGUACGCAGUAUUAUUUCUAUGUGAUGUUCACUCAUAUCUACAAUGUUUUUCUAUUUAAACUUAAUAAUGGAACUUAUCGAUUUGCAUACCUGUCCGCUUUACUAGAGGGUUGUAAUUAAUUAAACUUUUCUCAAAUA